AUGAUCCUUGCUUCGAGAGCGUGGUCUACAAGCGAAUUGUGGUGCUCGCCCAAAAGGACGGCGCGGGCAGUCGCCGUGUCGUCAAUAACCUCGGCAAUGGAGAGCGGGGUGAGGUUGACAUCGGACAGCGACGUUGGGACGACUGAAAAGACAGUGUACGCAGGCGGGGCCUUAGCCGGGGUCACGGUCGUGCAAGUGGCAGGCCAACAUAGCGUGGCGGCGCGGGGGGCGGGUGUGGGCAGUACCAGCCCCGCAGCGGCAGCGGCCAAUGUACGCAGCAGGCGGCGGCGGGGAAGCGAGGUGGCGCACGUGCAGUGGAGGCGCGGGCGGCGAACGGUCUUGUGGCGGACGGGGCGCGGGGGCGGCUGCGUGGGGAGUGCAGGCGGCGGGAGGAAGACGGACAUGAGAGCUGUGUUCUGGGCGAAGUGUGGGUCGAGCGGGAAGCAAGUUUGCAGAGACGGCACAAGGGAGGGGGCGGUUAAGUUAACGUCAAGUCGCAGAACACGUCACAGCGAGGUUUUUUUUGUGGAAAAGCGUGUUGGGCCGAGUUUUCGGUGA